AGAAACUCAUGCUCAGGCAGGUUGAAUUAUCAUACAUUACAGAUUGGUCAAACUGACAAUCGUACCUAUUGCACGGAUGUUGUAAUUGCCUCGAGUGUGUGCAGACAAACGGGUAUAUUGACUGCAUGAACAGAGCAAGUAUUUGUUGGCGAGUUUUAUUACCGAGAAUAAAGCAGUGUCAAAGAUGAAUGGACCAAGAAGGAUUAUGAGCAGUACCGCUGUUGGACGGAGGGGAAGCGAACGCAUGGUUUGUUUAUCCAGGCCAACAAAGAACGAAAACUGCAGGCCAGCAAAGCAAACAAGCAAAUCCGUUUCCAGAGCAACGGGAUUGAAGUCCGGUAGCAGCAGCGGCGGCGGCGGUAGCGAGCAUACGUACUCUCUCGGAGCGAUAACUAAGGCACGGCGUAGACGGAUAGUCGGCAACUACGCCAUCCAUCCGGAAAGGCGUAGGUACCUGUUUUCUUUCUUUGACCAGCCAGACAGCAUGUCAGGUAGGUGGUGGGUAGGUAGUAGUCGUGGAUACGGGAAACCGCGGCCAGCCAGCCAGCCACGAAAGCCUCGACAAAUGAGACAAAGAGAGGUAGGUGUCUCAGCACGCAUCCGGGCAGUGCAUCCAUCCAGGCAUGCGUUCAAAGUCAAUCAGUCAUUUCUCGCUCCUCGAUCCCGUCACAAGCCCGCGGCGCGUGCGCGUCCUCGCUUUAAACGAACGCGCGCUUUGGGCGUGCGUGUGUGUAUGGGUGUGGGUGCUUUGUCAACCUAUUUCUCUACGCCGUGGUUAGAUCGUAGAUGUGGUUACGCCUUGCGUUGCGUUGCCUUGCCGUGCUUGCCACACGCCCAUGUCCACGCCCAUGCCCUUGCCCUUGCCCUUGCCCUUGUUCUUGUUCUUGUUCUUGCCCUUGCCCAUGUCCAUGUCCAUGCCCAUGCCCGUUCAUGGCCUUGCCGACCGGCCAGUGUGCGAUCCGAGAUCCGAAACAGACGGCUGUGGCGGGGGUGUUUUGUGUGCGGUUCGAUCAGAUCGCGGGGGGGGAGGCGGCUGGGGCCUGCCCUGGCUUGCCCUGGGCUGCUCUCAAACACUCUCUCGCAGCGGCACGGUGUGGGUACCUGCCUUGUCACUAGCUAGCUGGCUAGCUACUUGUGUAGACGGUCGACAG